UCUACCACAGUGAAAUGAAUAAAUCCGAACAAAAUCAAAACUGAAAGAAGGAUGUUGAGAAUUUCAACCUAACAAUCUGCUUUGACAGAUAAAUGACCCAGUCUGAACAGGAGUGUCUUCCGUUGGUAUCUGGGUUCCUGACAUCAUCAAUAGAAGAGAAUCAAGUCUCUUUGGAAUCUGGGGGAAGCAUCCACAUUCUUGGAUACUACGUGCUGUAUCCCCACAACGUGACUUCCUUAAAUGUCAGCUGCUUCAGCAAGAUAGGGAACAUGGUACGACCAGAGGGUUCCACAAUCCUGGGUCCACUGUUUCACUUCCCUGGCAGUGAAGUGAGAUCCUUUGUCAGAAGCAAUACUGUGUGGAAUGCCACGACAGUGGAUAAGGCAUUCUGAAUGUCCACACAUGGUAGUUUUGGCAAAAGCAUUACAUGUAGAAAAGACAAAUUCAUAACCAGGAUCUGGAAGCCUUUUGGAAAUGGAGGUUGUAGCUGACUCAAAUGAAGGAGUGACGGAACUGGAACAUCACCGUGAUCUAGUUACAGAAAAAAACAAAAACGUGGACUAUAAACUUAGUGGCCUCCAAGAGGAGCUGUCAGAAAAGAAAAAUGCGAGGUCCCAGUCACAGCAGGAAAAAGUGAAGAGGAAAAAGUAUUCCUACAACUUAAAAUUUGCCUCACAAGAACAGAAGACUGUGAUGAAUGCACAGUUGCCCGAUGUCAACAUGGAAAAUUUGAGAACUGAAAGAGAGCAACACCUUGAGAAACUUGACGUGACACACCCUGGAGUGUGUCCUUGGGCAGAAACUGAGGAAAAGACUUGGAAUGAGUUGCAAGAAGCACUGGAUAUACUAAAAGCUGCCAAGAUGAUCUGCCAUAGGAUUCAGAGGAUUGAACUUGAAAAUUCCAACUUAAUCGUCACAACUGAAAAGCAAGCAAGAGAAAUGGAAGCUCUCUGGGAGAAACUGUUAAAUGCGGGAGCUGAGGCGGUGGAGGCAGCACCCAAAGGCGAUCCAGGGAAGAGGAGGGAGGACGCUGCCGUGCUGAGGAGUCAGGCGGAGCUGACGAAGCUCACAUCUGCGCUCUCGGAAGUGAGAAUGCAGGACGACACUUGCAAAAUGGAAGUGGAAAAGUACAAGAAACUGUAUCUAAAAGAACUAAGAAGUAAUAAUGCCUUACUCUCACUUCUUCCGAGUAGGACUUGCAAGUGUCCAAAGGGGUUGAGAGCAAAUCUUGAGGAAGAGAUGAGGCAAAACACCUCUGCAAUGGUGACUCUUGUAGGACCUCACCCCAAGUGUCCUCAAGUUAGAUUUGCUGCUGGUGCAAAUCUAACCAGCAGCAGCAUGGAGUCACAAGGAAGUGUGCCCCACACCUCUCAAAGCCCAGAAGGCAGCUGUGAAUUCAUGGAAAAUCCCAGCUUGUCUGAGGAUCAGGAGAAAGCAAGGAGAAAACUGAUCAGCUCAGUACAUUCUCUGCUCUGUGCUUUGCGCCGAGAAGCAAGGAGGACUACAGUGUUAGAGAAAGAGCUAACUGAAAUAAAGAAGAUCUUGAAUAUGCUCCCAAAGGAAGGACACAGGUGUGACAGCAGAAGACAUAGCUUUCGUGAAGUUUCAAAAGCCAGUCAAGCUGAAAUGAAUAGUCCAGUUGGCGGGCUAAGACUCGAGGGAGAAGCAGCAGCAAAGGAAAACUUAGUGCAUGCUGGAGAGAAUCCGAGCGUCGCAGUCCUAACUCAGAUGGAACUUGAAAUGAAAGAUAUCGAAGCUGCCAUCUCUGAAGAGAACAUCCAAGAGCUCUUGGUUAAAAGAGAACUGGAAGUCUGGAAGAAGCUCUAUCGAGGAGAGAUAGAGCAGAUAGAUGGCAUGCCGUUGGAACUGAGGGUAUAAGCUCCUGGCUCGCCAUGAAAGCACAAUGCUCAGGGAACCCGUUCGUGAGAUUGGUAGACUGUAUAAUUCUGGAAAACAUGUUGAUAAAUGAGCCUCCUUUAAAAUGUUAGUCCCAAACAGUC